UGAAAUAAUCCCAGCCAUGAUCCUAUCAAAGAUGAUUGGAACAUCUACAACUCGAGAGGGGUUAUCUUUUGACAGACAGAUGAAGACCUAGCAUCAUCAUAGCACUCUGACCAAUACUUGUUAUUCCAGCUGAUGAUUCUCACUCUAUCAUUAUUCAAAAAGCCUGACUCGGUAAAUAAGUGAAGAAAUAUGCCAAAAAACUAUACUGCUAGAUAUGCUCUUUUAGAUUGCUAUAAUCUCUAUCGUUUGCAUCCUGAGAGGCUCUAAAUAAAUAGUCCUUGCAAGGUCAUAUAAAAGUCUGGUUAUCUCUGCCUCUGUCUUUAAGGGUUUGCUGCAUUAACAUUGGUUAAACUGUAAUAAUUUUUGUAACGAUUGGCCAAAAAUGUUUGAACUCAUCCAGAUUGGAUUCGGAAUUAGCCUGAAUAUUAGGAUAAAUGAUGAUUUGACAUCUGAGAGAGAUAAUUAAUUCUUAAGAAAUCGAUUUAAUCAUAUUGGGAGAGAUGCCUUGUUUCACUUAUCUCCAAGUUUUGCUGAGAAAUUAUCUCUAAUUUGAAGAUUUUCUGGCAGAAACAACGACAAGAGUUCGUCUAAUUAGAUGAACAUAAACACCGAAAGCUUCCAUUUUCAGUUCUCUGAGUCAUGAAAAAUGUGACUAAGGUAAGUUACUCCUCAAACUUUGCUAUUCAAAUAGUUCUUUAGAAGCUAUUUAAAGAACUAAUUCAGAAGCAAAUAAUAUAAAUAAAUUUAUCAUGAACACAUAUAACUUGGAUUUUUCGAAAUCCUUAGAAAAUAGUAAUGCAGGGUGUUCUCUGCAUGAUGAUCAAACACUGUUAUUCAGUCAAUGUGAUGGGUUCACAUUGAAAAAGUUAUUCGCAGAUUAUUGUCUUGGAGACUCAAACUUUACGUCUUAUUGUUUAUGAGACUCAGUAGGCUCACUAAAUGAUAUGAGCAAAAUUUGAAACGCUCAGUAUCAAAGUUUUGAAGAGAGACAACCAUCUGUAAUAAAAUUAAGCUCAGGAGGUACAUCAAGUACAGUAAGAUCCAGAAGUGAUCGCACCAUUCAUCUCCAGAGAAAGCUUGCACAACUGUACUACCAUCUGAACAACAUCAGUGAUCCUUCAAGACCCUUUGUAUGCCGAAAAUCUAAGACAAACUCCCACGUUCCUAGAGUCAGCUCCAGAAGGUCUCGUUACACCGGAGUGUUCAAGAACGGUUUGAAAUGGCAGGCCUUCAUCAAUAUCCACAACAAGAAGACCUACAUAAGUACUUACUCGACACAAGAAGAGGCAGCGAGAGCCUUCGACCUGAUGUCUCUGCUGCUAAACAGAAAGAAGGCAGUGACGAACUACGACUACUACCAAAGAGACAUCUACAUGCUGCUGAAUGAAUACUCGGACAUAGUGGAUAAAUUUUGUUCAUAAUGAGGUCAACAUGGUA